AUGGCUGACGUACAGACUGAUUCUUUUGGCCUGCCCCCUUUUCUCAUUGCUCUGCGGACCUGUUUCAUUGUUACUGUUGCAACACUGAUCAUUGCUGGCAAUAGCCUCUCCAUCGCUGUGACGCGUCGUGUGACCAACUUGGCCGACAGCACCAAAGUUCUGAUGAUGACGCUGGCCGCGUCUGACCUGCUCAUCGGUGUGUUGGCGCUUUUCUCCUCUGUUGCUUCGGCCUUGGGCCGGUGGCCAUUCAGUACAAUUGGGUGUGCAGUGGCUAGCGACUGUGUCAAUAUUGCUAUCAGCAUGACAAUAUUCUCCCUGAUUGGUCUCAAUGUUGACCGAUACAUCGCCGUAACGAGGCCCUAUGAGUUUCCUGUCUGGUGCACCGCACGCCGUGUUAUCACUCUUGAAGUCAUUUUGUUGAGCGUCACCACAUCAAGUUUAAUAGUAGCCCAUGUCACUGGGGUAAGCUUCAAGUACUACCCUGCCUCUGCGUUGUGUUUCUUUGGAAGCAGCUCUGAUGCCGUCAACAUGGUGGCUCUAGUUGUCUUUGAUCUCCUUCCGACGCUGGCCAUGACCUGCAUUUAUUCCCGCAUCAUUCGGAUCAGCCGUCAGCACGAACUGCGCAAUGCCCGCAACAACCAGACGGAGGGAAACAACGUCCGAGACAACAAAGCCCUGAAGGCGUUUCUGAUGGUCACUCUGACGUUUGCUGCUUGCUACACGCCUUUCAAUCUCAUGCGGACCGUGGAGGGUUUAGCCAACUGGACCAGUCCCCACUGGCUGGAGUUCCUGACCAUGUGGCUGACGGCUGCCAACAGCGGUUUCAAUGUGUUCAUCUACUGUCUCUUCAAUGAGGCUUACCGUCAGACAGCGAAGAAGAUCAUUCACCAGAGACUCCAGUGUUGUAUGAAGUCACCUGUUGAACCACUGAAUAUCUGA